ACCCGCUCCGAGUCCUUCCUUCUCGCGCCUUCCUUCUGCGGGCGAACGGAUACGGACUGCGCUACUUCGAGUGAGACGCAUUGCAGUUUGGAGAUGGAUCCAGCUCUCUGAAGAUGAAAUUUUGAUUUUAUCUACCAUGGUGAUUUUCCUUGUCUAUCUCAUCACCACUUCACAUGGUGUGCUGUGUGGAGACCCUGGGGGUGAGUUGAACCUUCAGAUUCAAGGCCCAACGUGGGAGACGGUUCUCUGGUGUGACCUGCCUGGGGGGCAUGUGGAUGACAGAGAUGGCGAGGGCUGUGAGCCUGCUGUGAGUGGGGAAAGCAACCAUAAUACAACACAAGUAGGCCAAUGUCAUACGACCAGCUCCUCUAGUUUACCGCUGUCUACAAAGGAAAGCCACGGUGAUGGAGUCCUCUGGUUGAAUGUCCUCUGCUGGAUUAAUGUCAAGGCGGAAAAUUUGAUUUGUAACCUAAAGCACCAUUUUGAGCGACGAAACAAGAGCAGAUUGUCAUUACAUCUGGAGAUUUUGCACUCAGGGUCAGGUGAUGGUGAUAAUGUGACAGCUGGUGGUGUCCCCAACCCAUGUGAAGGAAAGGAUGACAUCACAUGUCCUGUAGCACUUCACACCACCAGUGAUCCACUCACCCUGAUAGUUGGAGUCUCCAGCUGCUUUAUUACUGCUCGCUCGCCAGCAAUGUACAUCAUCCCAGAAACCCUAUUGCAGCUGGACCCCCCAGUAAACCUGCAGUACAACAUGACCUUGGAGGGCAGGGUGAGGCUGAGCUGGGCCACUCACCAGCCUGACGGCGCUCUGCUACACUGCGAUGUCCGCAGCUCCUCCAAGGGCUCCGCCCAAGCCGUGGUGAGUGUGAGAGGGGUUAGGAGACCAGAAGUUGACCUGGGCGGCCUGAGCCCAGGACUCAACUACAGCAUUCAGGUGCGCUGUAAGGCCCUGGACAAGUUUGACAUUUGGAGUGACUGGAGUCGACCCCUUUACAUUUAUCUGCAUGAAGUCAGUUAUCUGCCGGAAAGAUUAUUUGCAAGUACGGGAUCCAACGUGACUAUUCGGUGCAUAUUUAACAACCAAAGUCUCAAUGCCAGCAGCGUUGUAUGGUGGCUGAACUACCAUGAGAAGGUUCCAGAAAGCCAGUACAGGGUUAUCAGUGACCAUGUGAGCAGUGUCACUCUGCUGAAUGUGAAACCACUGAGGCAGCGAGGGUACGAUGUCCUGCACUGCUGCCAGCGAAGGGGGGAGAAGUCGCUGUGCAGUUACCCCUAUGCUCAGAUUUACAUUACAGACUUCAACAUUGCCAUAUCCUGUGAGACCAAUGGGGACCUCACCUACAUGACCUGCAGGUGGAAUGCCAGCCAGUGGGCCGAGGUCCAGUUCCUUUACAGAAGGUACAAUCUUCCGUGCGACUUGGUUGAGGAGGAAGUAGGUGUGGCUGUGACAGAGGAGUGUCCAGUUGAGGGGAGGGGAUCCAACAGGUGCACCCUGAAGCCUCUCCUCCUGGCCUCAUGCUAUCUAAUGUGGCUGGAAGUGAGGAAAGAGGAGGGAACUCUCAAGUCCCAUCCUGUCUACAUGACCCCAAUGGAACUUGUAAAACCACACCCUCCCUUUGACCUGGAAGCCGUCACAGUCCCAGAUGGGGCUUUGAGCCUUCGCUGGAAGCGACACGGUUUGCCCGUUUAUGACUUCCAAUAUGAAGUUCGCUAUGCAGUAAACAACACGGGCACACAAUGGAAGGUUGUUGGAUCUAUUUUCAAUGAGUCGGCUGUGGUCCCGGUGUCACACCCAUGUGCCAUUCACGCCGUUCAAGUGCGCUGCAAGCGCUCCAUCGGGCCAGGCUACUGGAGUGACUGGAGUAGUCCCACCAACACCACUGUCCGCAACUACAAAGCCCCAGAAGAAGGACCUGAAUACUGGAGAUUGUUGCAGGAAUAUCCUGAAUGGAAUCAAACAAAUGUCACACUUCUCUUGAAGCCUUCGCAAGGAGAAAAACAGCUGUACUGUGUGGAGAGACUCGAAGUUCAUCAUGAGACCACUGGGGGCGCUGUUUGGUCGGAGUACAUCGGCCACGUGUCCAGCUACGCUUUCCUCUGGAGUGAAGAAGUCCACUCUGUCACCGUUGUGGCCUUCAACAACCUUGGAUCCUCAACCAGGAACAGACGCAUGACGCUGAGCAGACGCACCAAACCACAGGCCGUGAAGUCGUUCCGCUCGGUGAUGAUAAACAGCAGCUGUGUAGCCCUCUCCUGGACCCUGCUUCCAAACACCUCUGGCCCUAUGUCCUUUGUCAUCGAGUGGAGAAGCAAGGGUCAGAGAGAUGCCGCUGAGAGGGUGGACUGGGUGCGAUUGCCCCCAGAGACUCGUGCCUUUCACCUGCAUGGUGCUUUCUUUGCCUCAGAGGAAUAUCAGUUUAUUUUGUUCCCAAUAUAUGCGAAUGGAGAAGGGGAGCCUGUGUCCUCUAAAGGCAAGGACUUUCUUAGACAUUUCCUCCCAUUCUGUAGAGGGAAGAGGUCUGUUUUGAGACACGUGUUUUCUCACUUGUUGGCAUUGAUUUUCCCUGCAGAUGACAGAGGACACCCUGGAGGGGAGCAGGCAGCCUACACGCUCCUCAUGAUUAUAGCCUUCCUGUCAGUGGUCUUGUUUGUGACUCUGACCGUCUCCCAGCACCAGAUGAAGAAGCUUGUGUGGAAAGAUGUUCCCAACCCCAACAACUGCUCCUGGGCCCAAGGGGUGGAUUUUAAGAAGGUGGAGGCCAUUGAGAACCUGUUCCGACAUCCCGAAUGGCUGACCUCCCAGCCUCUGCUCCUGGAAUCGGAGAUCAUUUCUGAGGCCAUGAUUGUGGAAAAUACAGCAUCCCCAGCCAAGGAGAUAGGAUCCAUAGGCACCUCUCCAUGCAAGGGCUGUGAGGAGCCACUGGGACCCAAGACACCUACUUUCUCCAGGUCCUCAGAAGGUUCUGCUCAGUCCAGGAUCACCUAUGCCACAGUCCUGCUCCCAGAGGAGCCCAACAUCCUAUACAAGCAACAAGGGAGCCUCAGCAGCUCCUCUGACGAGGGCAACUUCUCUGCCAAUGUUUCUGAUAUCUCAGGCUCCAUUCCAGGCGGCAUGUGGGAACUGGAGAAUUGCCCACGGUGCGAGUCCAGCCUUCGCCACUCCUGCUCGUACAACUCGGCCGAGGAGUUCUCCGAGGCCUCAGAGCAGGAGGACGAGGCACCAAGAAGAGCUGACACACAGAAAAGCUUGUGCUACUUGAGGAUGACCUCGCAGGAAGAGGGUGGUGAAGACCAGGGGAACGAAGAAGGGGAAGACGAUGGGAUAGCUGUCCGGUUCGUGAGGGAGGGCACACCGGGACCUCCCAGUGGGCAGUGCCCGGAGCUCCCCCUGGAGUCCAGUCCUCUCCUUGGCCCCCAGGGGUCUGGCUGGAGCGGGACCGAGGCAGCGGUUGAAGAUGUCCCCCUGUACAUGCCUCAGUUUCGAACUGCACCGCACAGGUUGGACAGCUCCAAGGCAUAUGAGUGGUCCCUUCAGAGGUCCCCUGACCUGUGACAUUUCUCACACACCAUGACACUCCUGCUGCUCUCACAUCCGUCCCAAGGCCAGCGGAGCCUCGCCGCCAGUCCGUUCCAGACCACAUGCCAGUGCCAGUUGAGGGCUGCGCUCAACAUUUCCUCUUUCAGACUGCUGGCUUGCAUCUUCAAAUUAAGGCAGAGAACAUCACUUGUGCAUAAGGCGGCACCUGUAGUUGUGGAUUAUGGUGUUUUUAAAGCAAAAAGGGGCAUUAUCUUUACAACCACUGCAUUUGGCAGUGCAUUCUGGGCAUCAUUUCACAAGCUAGAGUGAAACUGACAUUGAUGUUCUUAAGAAGCAUGAUGUUCAUUGUUGCUGAAAUAUUGAUUGUAAUGGAAACUUACAUUUGUCAUUUUUAUUGCGCAAAAUGUUAUUGAGUUAAAACUGAAUGUAUACUUUUCUGUUUUUCUGUACUGUAUUCUGUAUUUGACAUAUGAAAAUGUAACAAUGUGAUCUAUUUUCAAUGUGUGCUAUUUUCUAUUGCAAGCAGCUGAUCAUAGCAAAAAUGAAAAGGAGAAACCUUAAAAGAAAUCCAGUCACAAAAUGUUUGCACAGAGCAACCAGCAAUUACAUUGUAAGAGAAUGUUCCUAAAAUUGUUCAGAUAUUUUCACAGUCAAAUAAAGUAUUUAUUACCAGUGACAAUAAAUUUUGUAAACAUUAGAGGGAGGCAGUAUUUAGUUUCUUAAAUACAGAGAGCUGUUUUGUGUCUUUUCUCUGAGCUAAUUUCAUUGUGCCAUGUAAAAGAUGCAAAAAAAUUCUACAAUGGUUCUGAAUGAGACUGUGAAGUGGGUCAGUUUUACUGUAGAUAAGAGACGGAAUUGGUGAUACGGUUAGCAUCUAAAUAACAUCUGAAUCAGGUGUCAAAAGAUGUUUUUAAUGUAAUUUUCGCAAGUGGUAGAAACAUCAUGAACACUUGUAAAAUUUGGGCAAACAUAACAUUUUUAUUAUGAAUAUGGUACAAGUUGAAUAAUGAGGGCAUCAUACUAAAAAAAAACAUGCAUUGCUGUUUCAGCACCAAGGAUUUCACCUCACAUUCCACACAGUUUUGAGUUCUUUGGUGAGUUUGGUGGCGUGUAUCUGUUUGUGUCUGUCUGAGUGUGUGUCUGUCUCCAGGGUGUGCCCAGCUUCAUACCCCUAUGGAUUCCCACCAUUCACCAGGAUGUUGUGUAACAAAGAGAAAGAUUUGUAUUGUAGCAGAAUGGAACUUGAUCCCCCCCCAAUUGGCCUCCAUCUCAGCAAUCAGUAGAUUAAUAAUAUAAAUAAUAAUUCAGUAAGUACUCUAACAUCUCUCAUGGAGCUACUGGAAAGAGGCUCAGGAGGAAGGAUAACAGGAUCAUGCUCUUUAUUGCCCAUAUACAUGUCUUUUGAAUUUUUUUUCCAUGGAUCAGAAUGGAUUACCAGCCCACCAAAGGUGUCUAGUUCCACCCACUGUCCAACUCCACAGGUAAAAAUUUCUUCACCCAUCAUUUUAACAU